AAUCUCGUACACCACUCCCCAAAAUGAAUGAAAACAAACCGAGAAAUAAUAUCAAAAAACUAGCAGAGAGAUUGUGAUUGACAAAAAUAAAUUUAAAGAAAAAAAAAAUCCCAAGGCAAAGCCAUGGUUGCAACUCCAGCAGCAACAUCCCCAGCCUCUCAGCUCCUCUUUUCGACCUCUCACUCCACCUCUCGUCUCUCCCCUUUCCAAGCAUGCGUCUUGGACGCCAAGACUCUCUUGUCGUGCCCCACGCGGCGCCAAGUGGUGGUGAGUGGUGGUGGAAGUGUGAGGUGCAUGGCCGUGGGGACAGAAUCGGAGACGGAGAAGAAGAAGAAGACUAGUAGUAGUAGUAAGUUUGAGAUACAGACAUUGACGGGUUGGCUGUUGAAGCAAGAACAGAAGGGGGUGAUAGAUGCUGAGCUCACGAUAGUGAUGUCGAGUAUUUCAAUGGCGUGUAAGCAGAUUGCUUCGUUGGUUCAGAGAGCUAGCAUUUCCAACCUUACUGGUGUUCAGGGUGCUGUUAAUAUCCAAGGCGAGGACCAGAAGAAGCUCGAUGUUGUCUCCAACGAGGUGUUCUCAACUUGUUUGAGGUCAAGUGGGAGGACAGGGAUAAUAGCAUCAGAGGAAGAGGAUGUACCAGUGGCAGUUGAAGAGAGUUACUCUGGUAACUACAUUGUUGUUUUUGACCCUCUUGAUGGAUCUUCCAACAUUGAUGCUGCUGUCUCCACUGGCUCUAUCUUUGGAAUCUACAGCCCCAAUGAUGAGUGUCUUGCUGAUGUUGGUGAUGAUGAUUCCACACUUGACAAAAUAGAACAGAGGUGUAUAGUAAAUGUGUGCCAACCAGGAAGCAACCUUCUUGCUGCUGGCUACUGCAUGUACUCAAGCUCCAUCAUCUUUGUCCUUUCCAUUGGAAAUGGAGUCUUUGCAUUCACUUUGGACCCCAUGUAUGGUGAAUUUGUGCUAACUCAAGAGAACAUUCAGAUACCGAAAUCCGGGAAAAUUUACUCAUUCAAUGAAGGAAACUACCAGUUAUGGGAUGACAAGCUCAAGAAGUACAUUGAUGACCUUAAGGACCCCGGUCCUAGUGGCAAGCCUUAUUCUGCUAGGUACAUUGGCAGCUUGGUUGGUGACUUUCACCGGACUAUGUUGUAUGGUGGCAUUUACGGGUACCCUAGCGACAAAAAGAGCAAGAAUGGGAAGCUGAGGUUGUUGUAUGAGUGUGCACCGAUGAGCUAUUUGGCAGAGCAGGCGGGCGGCAAAGGGUCCGAUGGCCAUGUGAGGGUUCUUGAUAUCCAGCCAACUGAGAUUCAUCAGCGCGUUCCACUUUACAUUGGAAGCACAGAGGAAGUGGAAAAAUUGGAGAAAUAUUUAGCCUAAUUACAAAUGUUAUAGCAAAGAGAGUUUCAACUUUUUUUUUGAAGAUGUUUGGCAACAGUUUCUCGUGAAAUACAGUAAAUUUAAAUUAACAAGAAUCUUGGAAAGUGUAGGUCAUUUGUGUUCUUCACAAAGCCAAAUUCUCUUUUUUGUAUCAACAUAGAAAAGACUCUGCAAUGUUCUUCUUGUAAUACUUGAAACAAACAAGUGGUUUGCAUUCUGAGAGCAAUUAGAUAACACACUUGUAUGUUGUGGUCAUUCAAGUCCAA